AUGAAGCUUUGUUUUGAGCUUGACCCAGAAAAACGAGCAACCUGUGAUAUUUUAUUAAAUCAUGAAUAUUUUGAUAAAAAAUUUAAACAAGAUCUGGAGCAAGAAUUAUUUGGAAUUUCAGGAAAUUCUACAUUUGAAGGAAAAUCGAGUUAUAGAAGGUCUAUAUCUAAUGAUCCAAGCAGCCCGGAGCCAAGCUUAACUUCAAAAUACACAAGUAGAGACAUAACACCUCAUAGAAUUGGCCAAAAAAGCAUCGGAACAAUUCGCUUUAACCCAGAAGAUCUAAUUCCCCAAACCAAAACCCCAGAUUUAAGAGAAGAGUUGCAUAUCGGCCCUCCACCUAAUUUUUUACCAAAUUUGAAGCUAAAAAGAGAUGAAGAAUCAGCUCACAACUCGUCAUUUUAUGGGUUAAAAAAGAAAAGUAGCGAUAUAAAAAUCCCGCUUAUAAAGCAAUUAAAGCAUUCCACAGAUAUUAGCUAUAUGAAAAACCAACAAUAUAUGAUAAAAAAUCUUGACUUAAGCCAAAAUAUUAUAGAAAAAUCUCAUAAUUUAAGUACAAUUUAUGAGAUGAGAGACUACUCAAGUGGAAACCAAACUAUAAGAAGUGGAAACCCAUCAAAAACUCAUAUAAAACAGAGAGUCCAAGCUGAUCAUUCAUAUUUUCAGCCAAUACCGACUCCAGUACCUACAAAAAUGAAGUAUCAAACCACUUUUCCGAAAAAAACUAAAAUCACUUUGUAAAAUAUAUUUAGCUUAAAGACUGGGUCUCAAAAUCAAGCUUUAAGCAAGCUUCUAAAACAAUAA